AUGGCGUCACUCCCAACAAACAACAUAGAGAGCGCGCGUCUUAUGAACGAACGGGGCUCUAUUUGGGCUAACGUCUUCUUUCCUGUCACCGACAUACGCAAGAACCGCCAGCGAUGGGUGCGCGACUGGGAUAAAGGGAUCGCCAAGUUUUAUCAAGGCUCUCCAGGGAAUCCAUAUUCGGGAGCCGUCGCUGUCUUUUGUUUGCAGGCUAAUCAGAUGCAGAAUGUUUUAUGCCGCAAGACUCUUGACUCGAUAGACCAUCAGCGCCUCCGCGAAUUCAAGGAAGAGUGCCAGAAGCUGUACAACGGCGUGGUGUCAACCCUCAGGAUAAGCUCGAACAAGCCUCUCUUCCAUGAAGAUCAGCGCGAAUGGCUCUCGCUCGUCAGCCUCGAAACACGGAAGGACAUCAUAUGCGAAGGCUUCGAACAGGCCGGCUGCCACUCUUGGACCGGCCACGACGCGCGGAUGCUAUGCCCCGAGCUGGACUCUAACAGCUUGCUGAAGGGGCACGGGAAGGGGUUAUUUGACUUAUACGACCAGAUUCUCGAGCUAGACGGUGAUGGAGGCCUGGAGAAGUUCAAGAGCGUCGUUGUAAUGAGCGAGUGGUGGAGGAACGCGUGGGCGAAUGGAACGGUUCUCCGCGCCACUCCGGAGGUCAACAGGUUUUGCUACGAGUUCGUCACCUGUCUCAGAGCUGAAUAUCUCAUCGAUUUUGUUAUAAACACGAUCAAGGUCAUAGCAAAUAGGUGCCACGGCUCUAACAAGGGCAUAUCCGCAGACUCCUUCAUCGCCGACAGGGUUCUUUGGCAUCUGAAGCCAUCGGCCAUCCAAGAGCUUCAGGAAGAGAAAUACUGGAACAGUCGCUCAGCGUUGACGUGCGAGAACUGCCAACGAAGACCCAAAGACGUCGGAGUCAAGUUCAAACGCUGCGACAGGUGUAAGCGUACACUCAAUUUCGAUGUUCGCUACUGCUCGAGCGCGUGCCAGAAAGCUGACUGGCCGGAGCACAAGGCUCAUUGCGGCGUAGAGAAGGUGUCGAAGAAUCGGAAGGCUUACCGUCCUGAAUACUCGUAUACGGUGGCUUUACAACUCCAAGUCAAGCUGCAAGACUUAACCAGCGUCAACUACAUCCUUUUCAGCCGCCGCAAGUAUCCGGUGGGAUACGAGGUCUCGUACUUUGACGGUGACGACGAUAAGAGCGAAGUGUGGUGGGACUCGCUCGCCACCCUACUGUGGGACGCCGAAAAGCCUGGUCUGGAGAUAAUUGCCAAGUGCCUCGUUGAUGCUGUCGACGACGACGACGUUCGUUCUGGAAUCACAAGGGAGGACAUCAUAGCCCAACUUGCAGAGGAGUACGAGGUUGACGUCGGACACAUGCUGGAGAAACUCGAGGCGAAGCUUGCUAUGGAGGACGACGUGGAUCGAUACAAGGGGAUGAUCAUCCAACCGCUCCACCCGGACCAAGACGAGAAUGCAGAAUCGGACAGCGACGGAUUAGACGUUGAAGAGUCUUCUUCUCAAUACUCGUCUCCUGCAAUGCAGGGUCCGAAGAGUCGGCAAGAUCGGCGGUGCGGAUACUGCUAUCGUACACCCGACGACCUUGGCGAUGGAACACGUUUCCUCGCUUGCGCGGCCUGUAAGAAGGGCCUUGACCUUGGGUUCUUUUAUUGUUCAAAAGGUCUGAUUGGCGUCGUCAUAAAGUCUGCUGCGGAAAGGUGGAAGAUCUGGGCAGUGGUCGAGAUAGACGAGGGGAUGGGGGCUAUUAACCACGAGGACGCUUUGUGGCAGAGUACUUAUCUCAUUCGUGACUAA